CGGCGCAGCCAAGCUGUCAGCCCAUGUGGCGUGUCCGCGCGGGGACGGCCGCGGUUAAAUAGCGCCGGCGCGGGCCUAGAGGGAGUCAGAGAGACGGCAGCGGCCGGGCCUCUUCUCCUCCGCUCGCUCCAUCCUCGCUCUCCCUCCGCCACCCGUCUCCAGACAAGAGAGAGCAGCCAUGGAGGAGGUGGUGAUCGCCGGCAUGUCCGGGAAGCUGCCCGAGUCGGAGAACCUGGAGGAGUUCUGGGCCAACCUCAUCGGCGGCGUGGACAUGGUGACGGCCGACGACAGGCGGUGGAAGGCGGGGCUGUACGGUCUGCCCCGGCGGAUGGGCAAGCUGAAGGACCUGUCCCGCUUCGACGCCUCCUUCUUCGGGGUCCACUCCAAGCAGGCGAACACGAUGGACCCCCAGCUGCGGAUGCUGCUGGAGGUCACCUACGAGGCCAUCGUGGACGGAGGCAUCAACCCUGCUUCCCUUCGUGGCACAAGCACCGGUGUCUGGGUGGGUGUGAGCAGCUCUGACGCCUCAGAGGCUCUGAGCCGAGACCCCGAGACCCUCGUGGGCUACAGCAUGAUAGGCUGCCAGCGCGCCAUGAUGGCCAACCGCAUCUCCUUCUUCUUUGACUUCAAGGGGCCCAGCAUCACCAUAGACACGGCCUGCUCCUCUAGCCUGCUGGCUCUGCAGUCCGCCUACCAGGCCAUCCGCGGAGGGGAGUGCUCUGCGGCCGUCGUGGGCGGCCUCAACGUCCUGCUGAAGCCCAACUCCUCGCUGCAAUUCAUGAAGCUGGGCAUGCUCAGCCAGGACGGCACCUGCAGGUCCUUCGAUGCCGAAGGGACCGGCUAUUGCCGUGCAGAGGCUGUGGUGGCGGUCUUGCUGACCAAGAAGUCCCUGGCCCGACGGGCAUACGCCACCAUCCUCAACGCGGGCACGAACACAGACGGUUCCAAGGAACAAGGUGUGACCUUCCCCUCGGGAGACGUGCAGGAGCAGCUCAUCCGCUCCCUGUACGCGCCAGCCGGGCCAGACCCCGAGUCCCUGGAGUACAUCGAAGCCCACGGCACCGGCACCAAGGUGGGCGACCCCCAGGAGCUGAACGGCAUCGCGAAUGCCCUGUGUACCACCCGCCGGGAGCCCCUGUUGAUCGGAUCCACCAAGUCGAACAUGGGACACCCGGAGCCUGCCUCGGGGGUCGCGGCGCUGAUCAAGGUGCUGCUGUCGUUGGAGCACGGGGUCUGGGCCCCGAAUCUGCACUACCACACCCCGAACCCCGAGAUCCCAGCAUUGCAGGACGGGCGGCUACAGGUGGUGGACCGGCCCCUGCCCGUCCGUGGGGGCAACGUGGGCAUAAACUCCUUCGGCUUCGGCGGCUCCAAUGUGCACGUCAUCCUCCAGCCCAACUCCCGCCCCGCCCCACCGCCCGCCCCGCAUGCGGCGCUGCCCCGUCUGCUGCAGGCCAGCGGGCGCACCCUCGAGGCCGUGCAGACCCUGCUGGAGCAGGGCCUCCGGCACAGCCGAGACUUGGCCUUUGUGAGCAUGCUCAACGAGAUCGCGGCGGUCUCCCCGGUCGCCAUGCCCUUCCGCGGCUACGCCGUGCUGGGCAGCGAGGCUGGCAGCCAGGAGGUGCAGCAAGUGCCAGGCAGCAAGCGCCCGGUCUGGUUCAUCUGCUCAGGGAUGGGCGCACAGUGGCAGGGGAUGGGGCUGAGCCUCAUGCGCCUGGACAGCUUCCGCGACUCCAUCCUGCGCUCGGACCAGGCCUUGCAGCCUCUGGGGCUGCGGGUGUCCGACCUGCUGCUGAGCACGGACGAGGCCGUCCUCGAUGACAUCGUCUCCUCCUUCGUGAGCCUCACCUCCAUCCAGAUCGCCCUCAUAGACCUGCUGACCUCCUUGGGCCUGCAGCCUGACGGCAUCAUCGGGCACUCCCUGGGCGAGGUGGCCUGCGGCUAUGCCGACGGCUGCCUGACCCAGGAGGAGGCUGUGCUCUCCAGCUACUGGAGGGGCUUUUGCAUCAAGGAGGCCAACAUCCUGCCAGGGGCCAUGGCAGCCGUGGGCUUGUCCUGGGAAGAGUGUAAGCAGCGCUGCCCCCCUGGCAUCGUGCCCGCCUGCCACAACUCCAAAGACACGGUGACCAUCUCGGGACCUCAGGCCGCUAUGUCCGAGUUCCUGCAGCAGCUGAAGCAGGAGAACGUGUUUGUCAAGGAGGUGCGGACGGGCGGCAUCGCCUUCCACUCCUACUUCAUGGAGUCCAUCGCCCCCACGCUGCUGCGCCAGCUCAGGAAGGUGAUCCUGGAUCCGAAGCCCCGCUCCAAGCGCUGGCUCAGCACCUCCAUCCCCGAGGCCCAGUGGCAGGGCAGCCUGGCCCGCACGUUCUCGGCCGAGUACAGCGUCAACAACCUGGUGAGCCCGGUGCUGUUCCAGGAGGCGCUGCAGCACGUGCCCGCGCACGCCGUGGUGGUGGAGAUCGCCCCGCACGCCCUGCUGCAGGCCGUUCUGAAGAGAAGCCUCGAGUCCAGCUGCACCAUCAUCCCGCUGAUGAAGAAGGGCCACAGCAACAACCUGGAGUUCUUCCUCAGCAACGUGGGCAGGCUCCACCUGGCGGGCGUCAGCGUCAACCCCAACGGUCUGUUCCCACCCGUGGAGUUCCCUGCUCCCCGGGGGACCCCCCUCAUCUCCCCGCACAUCAAGUGGGACCACAGCCAGGCCUGGGAUGUGCCCUCCGCGGCCGACUUCCCCAGCGGCUCCAGCUGCUCCUCUGUUGCCGUCUAUAAGUUCGACGUGAGCCCGGAGUCUCCGGAUCACUACCUUGUGGACCACUGCAUAGACGGCCGCGUCCUCUUCCCUGGCACCGGCUACCUGUGGCUGGCCUGGAAGACGCUGGCACGAGCCCUGAGCCAGAACUUGGAGGAGACACCUGUGGUGUUUGAGGACGUGACGCUGCACCAGGCCACCAUCCUGCCCAAGACCGGGACCGUGUCCUUGGAAGUGCGGCUUCUGGAGGCUUCCCACGCCUUUGAGGUGUCUGACAGCAACGGCAGCCUGAUCGCAAGCGGGAAGGUGUACCAGUGGGAGAGCCCUGACCCCAAGCUCUUUGACACCCGGGCCGCCGUGGACCCCGCGGACACCACGGCUGAGUUCCGCCUGAGCCAGGGCGACGUGUACAAGGACCUGCGGCUGCGGGGCUAUGACUACGGGCCCUUCUUCCAGCUGGUCCUCGAGAGCGACCUCGAAGGUACCAGGGGCCGCCUGCAGUGGAACGACAGCUGGGUGAGCUUCCUGGACGCCAUGCUGCACAUGUCCAUUCUGGCCCCCGGCCAGCUCGGCCUGUACCUGCCCACGCGUUUCACCUCCAUCCGCAUCGACCCCGCCACCCACCGGCAGAAGCUGUACACGCUGCAGGACACCACCCAAGCGGCCGACGUGGUGGUGGACAGGAACCUGAACACAGUGGUGGCUGGAGGCGCCCUCUUCUUGGGGGUCCACUCCUCAGUGGCCCCACGGCGACCCCAGGAGCAUCUUAAGCCUAUCCUGGAGAAGUUCUGCUUCACACCCCACGUGGAGAGCGGGUGCCUGGCCGGGAACACGGCCCUGCAGGAGGAGCUGCAGCUCUGCAGGGGGCUGGCACAGGCACUGCAGACCAAGGUGGCCCAGCAGGGGCUGAAGAUGGUGGUGCCUGGGCUGGACGGUGCCCAGGCCCCCCGGGAGGCCCCGCAGCAGAGCCUGCCUCGGCUGCUGGCCGCCGCCUGCCAGCUGCAACUCAACGGGAACCUGCAGCUGGAACUGGGCCAGGUGCUGGCCCAGGAGAGGCCUCUGCUGUGUGACGACCCCCUGCUCAGCGGCCUCCUCGACGCCCCGGCACUCAAGGCGUGCGUGGACACCGCCCUGGAGAACAUGGCCAGCGCCAAGAUGAAGGUGGUGGAGGUGCUGGCUGGUGAUGGCCAACUGUACUCCCGCAUCCCGGCGCUGCUCAACACCCAGCCCGUGAUGGAUCUGGACUACACGGCCACUGAUCGCCACCCGCAGGCUCUGGAGGCCGCCCAGGCCAAGCUGGAGCAGCUCCACGUGACCCAGGGCCAGUGGGACCCCGCCAACCCAGCCCCUGGCAGCCUGGACAAGGCUGACCUCGUGGUGUGCAACUGUGCCCUGGCCACCCUCGGCGACCCGGCUGUGGCUGUUGGCAACAUGGCAGCCACCCUGAAGGAGGGGGGCUUCCUGCUGCUGCACACGCUGCUCGGAGGACACCCCCUCGGGGAGAUGGUCGGCUUCCUCACCUCCCCUGAGCAAGGCGGCAGGCACCUCCUGAGCCAGGACCAGUGGGAGAGCCUGUUCGCUGGGGCGUCCCUGCACCUGGUGGCCCUGAAGAGGUCCUUCUACGGCUCCGUGCUCUUCCUGUGCCGCCAGCAGACCCCACAGGACAGCCCCGUCUUCCUGUCCGUGGAAGACACCAGCUUCCGUUGGGUCGACUCACUGAAGGACAUCCUGGCUGACGCCUCCUCCCGGCCGGUGUGGCUGAUGGCUGUCGGCUGCAGCACCUCGGGCGUCGUGGGCAUGGUGAACUGUCUCCGAAAAGAGCCCGGCGGCCACCGCAUUCGGUGCGUCCUGGUGUCCAACCUCAGCAGCACAUCGCCCGCCCCUGAGAUGCACCCGAGCUCCUCGGAGCUGCAGAAGGUGCUGCAGGGGGACCUGGUGAUGAACGUCUACCGGGACGGAGCCUGGGGGGCCUUCCGCCACUUCCCGCUGGAGCAGGACCGGCCAGAGAAGCAGACGGAGCACGCCUUCGUAAACGUCCUCAGCCGGGGGGACCUCUCCUCCAUCCGCUGGGUCUGCUCCCCGCUGCACUACGCCCUGCCCGCCUCCUGCCAGGACCGCCUCUGCAGUGUCUAUUACACCUCCCUCAACUUCCGAGACGUCAUGCUGGCUACGGGCAAGCUGUCCCCUGACUCCAUCCCAGGAAAGUGGCUCACUCGAGACUGCAUGCUGGGCAUGGAGUUCUCCGGCCGAGAUGCCAGCGGCAGGCGCGUGAUGGGAAUGGUGCCCGCGGAAGGCCUGGCCACCUCUGUUCUGCUGCUCCAGCACGCCACCUGGGAGGUGCCCUCCACCUGGACCCUGGAGGAGGCAGCGUCGGUGCCCAUCGUCUACACGACGGCCUACUACUCGCUGGUGCUGCGAGGGCGCAUGCGGCCCGGGGAGUCGGUGCUCAUCCACUCGGGCUCGGGCGGCGUGGGCCAGGCCGCCAUCGCCAUCGCCCUCAGCCGGGGCUGCCGCGUCUUCACCACCGUGGGGUCGGCCGAGAAGCGGGCGUACCUCCAGGCCAGGUUCCCCCAGCUCGACGAGACCUGCUUCGCCAACUCCCGCGACACGUCCUUUGAGCAGCACGUGCUGCGGCACACGGCCGGGAAGGGUGUCGACCUGGUCCUGAACUCCCUGGCGGAAGAGAAGCUGCAGGCCAGCGUGCGGUGUCUGGCCCAGCACGGCCGCUUCCUGGAAAUCGGCAAAUUCGACCUUUCCAACAACCACGCCCUGGGCAUGGCCGUCUUCCUGAAGAAUGUGACCUUCCACGGGAUCCUGCUGGACUCGCUCUUUGAGGAGGGCGGCGCCACCUGGCAGGAGGUGUCAGAGCUGCUGAAGGCGGGCAUCCAGGAGGGCGUGGUGCAGCCGCUCAAGUGCACCGUGUUCCCCAGGACCAAGGUGGAGGCCGCCUUCCGCUACAUGGCCCAGGGCAAGCACAUAGGCAAAGUGGUCGUCCAGGUGCGCGAGGAGGAGCAGGGGCCGGCGCCGCGCGGGCUGCCGCCCAUCGCAGUGACCGGCUUGUCCAAGACCUUCUGCCCCCCCCACAAGAGCUACGUCAUCACCGGGGGCCUGGGCGGCUUCGGCCUGCAGCUGGCGCAGUGGCUCAGGCUGCGAGGGGCCCAGAAGCUGGUGCUCACCUCCCGCUCGGGCAUCCGCACAGGCUACCAGGCCAGGCAGGUCCGAGAGUGGAGACGCCAGGGCGUCCAGGUCCUGGUGUCCACCAGCAACGCCAGCUCGCUGGACGGCGCUCGGAGCCUCAUCACUGAGGCCACACAGCUUGGGCCCGUGGGAGGCGUCUUCAACCUGGCCAUGGUCCUGAGAGACGCCGUGCUGGAGAACCAGACCCCGGAGUUCUUCCAGGACGUCAGUAAGCCCAAGUACAGCGGCACCGCGAACCUGGACAGGGUGACCCGGGACGCGUGUCCCGAGCUGGACUACUUCGUGAUCUUCUCCUCCGUGAGCUGUGGGCGCGGCAAUGCCGGCCAGGCCAACUACGGCUUCGCCAACUCUGCCAUGGAGCGCAUCUGCGAGAAGCGCCGGCACGACGGGCUCCCAGGCCUCGCCGUGCAGUGGGGUGCGAUCGGCGACGUGGGCGUCGUCCUGGAGACCAUGGGCACCAACGACACGGUCGUGGGCGGGACGCUGCCCCAGCGCAUCGCCUCCUGCCUGGAGGUGCUGGAUCUCUUCCUGAGCCAGCCCCACCCCGUCCUGAGCAGCUUCGUCCUGGCUGAGAAGAAGGCCGCCGCCCCCAGGGACGGCAGCAGCCAGAAGGACCUGGUCAAGGCCGUGGCUCACAUCCUGGGCAUCCGGGACGUGGCCUCCAUCAAUCCGGACAGCACGCUGGUGGACCUGGGCCUGGACUCGCUCAUGGGCGUGGAGGUGCGCCAGAUACUGGAGCGUGAGCACGACCUGGUGCUGUCCAUGCGGGAGGUGCGGCAGCUCAGCCUCCGGAAGCUACAGGAACUCUCCUCGGAGACCAGCACGGACGCCAACCCAGCAACUCCCACAUCCAACGAGGACAGCCCUGCGCGGCAGCAGACAAUGCUGAACCUGAGCACCCUGCUGGUGAACCCCGAGGGCCCGACCUUGACGCGGCUCAACUCCGUGCAGAGCGCAGAGCGGCCCCUGUUCCUGGUGCACCCCAUCGAGGGCUCCAUCACCGUGUUCCACGGCCUGGCCGCCAAGCUCAGCAUCCCCACCUACGGCCUGCAGUGCACGGGAGCCGCCCCGCUGGACAGCAUCCAGAGCCUGGCCUCCUACUACAUCGAGUGCAUCAGACAGGUGCAGCCCGAGGGGCCUUACCGCAUAGCCGGCUACUCUUACGGGGCUUGCGUGGCCUUCGAGAUGUGCUCGCAGCUGCAGGCCCAGCAGAGCGCCACCCCCGGGAACCACAGCCUCUUCCUGUUCGACGGCUCACACUCCUUCGUGCUGGCCUACACGCAGAGCUACCGCGCUAAGAUGACCCUCGGCUGCGAGGCCGAGGCCGAGGCCAAGGCCAUGUGCUUCUUCGUGCAACAGUUCACCGAGAUGGAGCAAGGCAAGGUGCUGGAGGCGCUGAUACCGCUCCAGGGCCUGGAGGCGCGCGUGGCGGCCACCGUGGACCUGAUCACGCAGAGCCACGCGGGCCUGGACCGCCACGCCCUCAGCUUCGCCGCUCGCUCCUUCUACCAGAAGCUGCGCGCCGCCGAGCAGUACUGGCCGCAGGCCACCUACCACGGCAACGUGACGCUGCUGCGCGCCAAGACGGGCGGCGCCUACGGCGAGGACCUGGGCGCCGACUACAACCUGUCCCAGGUGUGCGACGGCAAGGUCUCGGUGCACGUCAUCGAGGGCGACCACCGCACGCUGCUGGAGGGCAGCGGCCUGGAGUCCAUCCUCAGCAUCAUCCACAGCUGCCUGGCCGAGCCGCGCGUCAGCGUGCGGGAGGGCUAGGCCGCCCCCCGCCCCCGCGCCCGCCCGGGCGAGGCGGCGCCAGGUGUGGGGCCGGGCCCCACGCCAGCCACCGCUCGGAGACCUGCUCGGUCUGUGAAGAGUCGGCCCAGCCUCUCGCGGGGCGGGGCUGCCUGUCCCUUCUCCGUGGGAUUCUCCUAUUUAUUGUGUUGCCGGGAGGCGCCGGCCGGGCCACCCAGGAGGCCGGCGCAGGAGCCCGGCCCGGGUCCCAUGAAGCCCGCGGCGAGCGGAGCAGCCCCGGCGCCGGGCACCCACCCCUGCUCCCCUGUGUUCGUCUGUCGAGACAUGUGGCUCGAGUCGCGGCCUUGAAAUUUACUGUCAUUGUCUGUGUGAACGGUAUCUGGACCCCGUUUCAUUUUUACACGAACCUGGUGAAAACCCUGUCUCCUCUGGAGCCCCCCGCCCCCCACGAUUAAAGUGCACGUGUGCUCUGA